GUAUCUGCGACUUAAUCAAUCGAACCUGAUAAUCAAAUUCGUCUCGUGCUGCUUAUUAUCACUUGUGCUUCCCACCUGUACUGCGCCGUCUUCCGCUGCCACAUGGCAUUUAGUUGCCCUAGCACGCUUAGGGAGCAGUAAAGGUGCCCUAAGACUGCCCGACCGCGAAGCUACCCGAACGGUCUGGACCCGGGGUUCGUGGCACCAGAUAACCUGUGCAGCGUUUGCAGCUUCCCUCCGCUUUCCCCACUCCAACCUUGUCCAUAUUGAGGACCCGAGACUCAUCCCCACACUCACAGGACGCUAUCUCGCCCGAAACGGACACUGGGCUAUAGUGUAUGAAGUAGCAUACGGCCUGAGCAAUCAUAAUAACACCCAGUUCCGCAGCACUCUGGCAUGUGCGUCGUUCACGACUGCUCCCUGAUUCAAGCAUCCAAGCAACACAAUGUCUGGCUUCGCAUAUGCCUUUUCUUUGUCCAAAGAGGCUGUGAAGACCGCGACACCGCCAGGGACUGCAAAACUUAUUGAUCAUGACUUGGUGAGGACAAUCAGUGGCCAUCAUUCUCAAACUGUCGACCAUAUCCGACUCGUUCCCCAGCCGUCGCGAGAUCCAGCAGAUCCAUUGAACUGGUCAAAAUGGCGCAAAGUAGCAACACUGUUCUGCGUUUCGCUAUACCCAUUCGUUGCCAAUAUCACCUCGGCGUCCUUAGCCAGUGCAUUGCCGUUCUUGGCCGCUGAGUUCAUGCCUCCCAUUCCACCUCCGGACCUUGGGCACUUGAUUGCUGUCAAUGUGUUGAUGUUCGGUGGUGCUAACAUCUGGUGGGUGCCCAUGGCCAAUAUUUUCGGAAGGAGACCUGUUAUCCUACUCAGCCUUUUGAUUUUGACGGUGUGCUCCGUAUGGGCGGCCAAAGCAACGACGUACAACAGCUUACUCGCAGCCCGGAUCUUCCAGGGCAUCGGCGGCGCCGCUUCCGACACCCUGUGCCCAAACGCUGUUGGGGAGAUCUUCUUCCGCCACCAGAGAGGCCGCGCUAUGGCCAUUUACACAGUCUUCCUCGCUCUGGGUCCCAUUAUCGGUGGCAUUGUCGGAAGCUACAUUGCGGCAGCUCACGGGUGGCGUUGGUCGCAAUGGCUGAACGUUAUCCUCUCGGCCUUCACCUUGGUCUGCUGUGCUUUAUUGCAGGCUGAGACUCUCUUCGACCGAAACGCCGCUAUUGCCGGAGUUACAGAACGUCGCAAUACUCAUGAAGACCCUGAAGGACACCUACACUUCGAGAAGCAGAAUGAUGUACGCCAGGAACAAGUGGAGCCACAUACCGGGCAUACCUACCAGUCUUUCUCAUUCGACCAAUCGCUCCGCGUGGGAAUGUAUCGCGGAAAUGUCGUCAAGGAGUUCUUGGCUCCGUGGUUGACACUGAGACUGCCCGCCGUCUGGGUGGUAAUGCUGCAUUAUGGCGGUCUUGUGGGUGGCAUUGUCACAAUCUCCACGAUCGGACCGCAACUUGUUAGCAUGCCACCAUACGACUGGGGUAAGAAUGCUGGCUUGAUUAAUGUUGGAGGUCUGAUCGGAACGGUGCUCGGUGCAGCUUUCACGUACCUCAUCGCGGACCGCUUGACCAAACGUCAAGCACAACAUGAAGAACACGGCCUAAGCGAACCAGAGUCACGACUGCCAGCCCUCAUGCCUGGUCUGUUUCUGGCGGUGACAGGACUCUGGAUGUUUGGCUUCUGCGCCGCAAACCCGUCGCAUGCCGCAUGGGUUGGGCUAGAAGUCGGUUAUGGGAUGCUCACCUUUGGGCUGAUGCAAGUUCCCUCCAUCGACUUCAACUACAUAAUCGAAGCUUAUCCUGCGCUAAGCGGCGACUGCUUUGUUAUGAUCACCUGCCUACGUGCAGUCAUUGGCUUCGCCUGGACGUUCUUCGUUGGAGAGUGGAUCCAAAAGGCAGGUCCUGCCGAGCCGUUUGGGAUCUUCGGGAUGCUACUCGGUGUCUUUGCCCUGCUCACCGUGCCGCUCUACCUUUAUGGCAAGCGCGUAAGGAUUGCAACAAAGAAGUGGGCACUGGGGCCAGAGCAUCAUUGAUCAAUUACGAUGUUCAAUCGGCAUCGCUCACCUCGCACCAAAGAACAUAGCUUCGGCAAUGUGCAAUACUCUACGCUCCCUGGUCCUCUCAUCAAUUGCUUCAAGGGGCAUGGACGGCCACCGCCUCUGAAGGAGGCUAAGUCGCCAUUGUUGGUGUCUGCCCACCUGCGCGAGAUACUGCUUGACUCUGCACUAGGUGCUUCUUCUUCUCGAUCAGAUCCCGCUUGCGCAAUGGCGAGCCAGUGUACUCGAGCGUAGCUACAUGCAAAGCAGCUAUAACCUCAUCCACUUCAAGUCGCUGUCGUUCGUCGUCCGAUCCCAUCUGUUAUAGUCACAACACGCU